AUGAAGUUACUGACCUCUUUGUCAGCCCAGCGUUUGGGCAGCCGACAAGCGGUGAAAAGUCCCAUUUUCGAGGCUGCAGCCUCCCCACAUGGCAGCAUGUCGCAGGGUGGUGGCCCUUUUUGCCUCGUCUUGUUCACGAUUUAUGAUGCCCCCUUUCUAAUGCCCAUCUACUGCCGGCUCAUCUGUACAUCCGCAGAAAUGCUCAGCAUCAUACCUGAUUUGCCAAAUCAAUUAGCCUUCACUCGCGUCGGCAAUAAACGUGCCAGAAUGGCCAGCCAAUGGCCAGCCAACGGCCAGUUUCGACAUCCACGCGAAAUGUGA